AUGGCGGAAACGAAGGCUAAAAUCCCCAAUCUGCCAAAGAAAAGAGACUUUCGUCAGAGAGCUCAUUGCAAUCCUUUGAGUGACCGCGACAUUCCUUACCCAUUAAAUCCAGAUGUUGUCGAUUGGACUGAAUAUUAUCCAAUUUUGACUUCAAAUCCGGACUCCAUUCCUGAUCAUUACCCAACAAUUCUUGAUAUUGGUUGUGGUUUCGGUGGAAUGUCUUUUGCUCUUUCACCAGAAUUCCCAAAUAACUUAAUUCUCGCUUUAGAAAUCAGAUCACAAGUUGCAACAUACGUAGAAAAGAAGAUUCAAGCCUUUCACGCUCAAGGAUUAUCAUUAAAUAUUCAAGUUCAAUGGACAAAUACAAUGAGAACUUUAAUGCGCUAUAUUAGAGCUCAUACAAUCGAAAAGAUAUUCAUUCUAUUCCCAGAUCCUCACUUCAAGAAGAAAAAGUCGAAAUGGCGGAUUAUUUCUCAACAACUUCUUGAUGAAUACGCUUUCAUUAUGAAAGGAGGUGCUAGAAUGUACCUUGUUACUGAUGUUCGCCAAUACUUUGAAUAUGCUGUUCCACUUUUGGAGGCACAUCCUCUUUUUAAGCGUAUUACUGAUUUAGAUUCUGAUAAAUGCGUUGAGCUCUCCAAAACAUCUACAGAAGAAUCAAAUAAGGUCUCAGAAAAUGGUGGCCAGAAAUUUGCUUGUGUCUUCGAAAGAAUACCUUUAUAA